AUACUUCACGUGACAUUUAUUUAUUUACAGGUCACAUACACAAACGACCAAUAUUAUAGAAUAUUUUUUCUCACUGAAUUGUCAAAUAAUGGCCGAACAUGGUGAUAUUCAAGAAAUAAAUCAGGAACAAGAGCUAAAGGAUCAAUUGGAAAAAAUUUGCUUAGACUAUCAAUCGCUUGUGAAUAACAGCCGUGAAAUGGCCCCAAAAGGAACAAACACAAAGAAAACACCCGAUGCAAACGCUGAAAAUAGUAUUGACGACGAUGAUUUGGAAGAAAUUGCAAAUGUUGCCGAUAAUUUGGAUUCAUUAGAAUCAGCCCUGGAUAUGAUUGAAGAGCGAGCUGAUCGAAUUCGUGAGCAAUUGCUGGAAUUGUUGACCUCGAAUCGAGAGAUACGCCAAUCGAUCAAAGAAGAGAACGAUAAACUGCGUGAAGGUCAAAGCCAAGAGAGUUCAGAUGUAAGCAACUCAUCUGAAGCAAAUAACGAACAAACAAACGAUGAUAAUAAUCAUUGAAAGGGAUUUACAAUUCUAUAAAUAAUAUAAAUUUUUGAAUUUGUGUGAAUACAAAAGAGAGAACUUUAUUUAGUUCGCGGUUAUAAUGUAAAUAUAAAUUUUAAACCGUUUUUUUUUUCGGAAAAAUAAAUGAAUAGUAUUAGAAGUUAUGAUUUGAUGCGUCGAAAAACAGCUACAAACUUAUCCCCCUUGUUUCGUGUUACUUUUUGACCCUCUUCACUGGUCUCGUACAAUUUUUCAACAACCGGAUCUGAAUCCUAUAUUGAUAUGAACGUGCAAUGAAAGAAUCAAUAAAUAUAACAAAUAGAAA